AUGCCGCCUGCGAGCCUGAGCGACGCCCUGCUCCCCGGCCAGCACCAGGGCAGCGAGCCGCGGGACGGCGGCCCCCGCGGUCGCGGCCGCGGGCUGGCCGGGGCCGCCGGCCAGCAGGCCGGGCAGUCGGCCCGGGUGCUGGCCAACCUGGUCAACUCGGGCAUCGGCGCCAGCACUGUGGCUAUGCCGCUGGCGGUGCUGAAGCUGGGUGUGGGGGUGGCUCUGGCGGCGAUGGCCGUCCAGGCCCUGCUCGGAAUCCUGGCCAACCACAUUCUGUCCAGGGAGAGCGACCGGUGCGGCGCCGACUCCUACCACGACCUCAUGCACAGCCGCUUUGGGAAGUGGGGCGGGCGCGCGGCCCUCAACUCCCUGGGCAAGACUGUGGUGUGGCUCAUCAUCCUGGCAGACCUGGUGGUGGGAUGCUCGGGGGACGGCACCGGCCUGCUGCCCGAGCUGCUCCGCGCCGCGGGAUACCCCGGCAUGGCUGACAGCGGCGCCUGGUACCUGCGCCGCUGGCCCUGGAUCCUGCUGCUGGCCGUGCUGGCGCCCCCGCCUCCGCAGGCAAGCCUGCGCAGCCUGGACAAGCUCUCUGGCAUGAGCCUGGUGGGAAACGCGGCCGUGGGGCUGAUGACUGCGUCCGCCGUGGCGCUGGCAGUGGUGGCUGCACGCCAGGGCAAGGCGCACCCCAUCCACUGGCUACCCUCCCCGGAGGACGCUGGCGCGGAGUCCAAGGCGGGGCUGGCCCUCGAGGUGGCCAGCGUGUUUCCGGUGCUCAUGGGCGCCGCCUUCACGCAGAACAACAUCAACUCUGUGAUGAGCGAGCUGAGGCCGUACCGGCAGGGGCUGCUGGAUGCCGCCCAAAUCGCCGCCCGCCUGCUCACCAUCUCGGUUUUCCUGGCAAUCGGCAUCAGCAACUACCUCGCUUUUGGGAGCCAGCUGCAGCCCGAUGUGCUGCUCAAUUAUGGCACCGAGGGGCUGGGCCGGCUGCUGGCCCGCCGCGCCGCGCUGGCGCUGUCGGCCGCCGUCAAGCUGGCCUUCCUAGUCAACGGCCUCCUCAGCCUCCCCAUGUGCCUCUAUCCCUACCAGCGCAACCUCAGCGAGCUCCAUGGCGAUGGCCCUGGCAAUGUGAUGCAGAUGGGCCCACAAGGCAAGAUACACGAGGCGCUGCAGAAGUGGGCGGCCAAGUACGGCCCCGUGUUCAAGUACUUCCUGGGCAGGAGGCCCUGCAUCGUGAUCACUGACCCGGACCUGGUGCGGCAGAUCUGCGUCAAGCGCUUCAUUGACUACCACGACCGCAGCGUGCCUACGCUGGAGAAUGGCGCCGCCUGCGACAACCACUUCCAAAACAGCGGCAUCCUGUUUUCCAGGGGAAAGUAUUGGCUGGGCAUCCGCACCGCAUGCGAGCCUCUGUUCCACAGCGCAGCGCUCGCCAGCUACGCGCCGAUGAUGAACCAGGCGAUUGACGAGCUGGUGGGCAAGAUGCAGGCGGCAGCGGUCAGCGGAGAAGGCAUCUGCGUCAGCGAGCUCCUAAAAGCCAUGAGCAUGGAUGUGAUCGGCACCACAGCUUUUGGGGUCGAGUUUGGGGCGCAGAAGGAGGGCAGCGGCAGCACGCUGGUCAAGGCGGCAGAGGCGAUGUUCACUCCCAUGGCGGGCCUGCCGUUUUGGGCCGCCAUCCUGUCGUUUGCAGUGCCAGACCUGAGGCGUGUGUGGUACCGCCUGGCCCUGCUGCUGAACCCAAAAACGAUUAACCAGAUAGUUGCAGACCGCCGUUACCUGUGGGGGGCAUCACAAGCCUUGCUGGACAGCGCCCGCGAGCAGGCAACCGCAGCAGGGGCGCCGGCAGGAGGGCAGGGCCCGGGUGUGGCCGAUGGGCUGCGGAGCAGCGGGGAGGAGGGAGCCAAGGUGGCGGUGGAGUCUGCCGCUUUCCAGCAGGCCUACAAGACAUAUGUGGCCCAGGUGCCGCCUGAGACCAGCGUCGUCAGCAGACUCAAGGAUGCGGUGAACAAGCAGACGGGGAAGCAGCUCUCUGAUCUGGACAUCUGCGCUCAGCUCUUCACCUUCCUGCUGGCUGGCUACGAAACCACCAGCCUGGCGCUGUCGUACGCGCUGUACCUGCUGGCGCAGCACCCCGAGCACCAGCGGCGCAUCCAGGAGGCAAGCGGCGGACGGGGCCCUGCUGAGGUGGAUGCCUUGGGGCAGCGUGAGCUGGUUUAUGAGGACCUGGCAAAGCUGCCGUACACAGAGGCAGCGUUCCAGGAGUCUAUGCGCCUCUACCCGCCAGUCUCUUCCCUGAUUGUCCUGUUGCGAGAGGCGGGGCAUGGAGGCGUAGACCUGGACCUCACUGGCGGCAGCCGCAGGAGCCUGGCCACGCCAGCAGCGGGGCCCACCAGCGUGUUCAUUCCAGGCGAGCUGCUGCCGCUGGGGUGCAUUGGGUCACGGUACGGCGCCGCCUGCGUGCAGUUGAUGUACAACUGCCGUGUCAUGUUCAACAUCUGGACGCUGCACAGGGAUCCUCGUUAUUGGGAAGCUCCGGAGGAAUUCAGGCCCGCACGCUUCCUGCCAGACGAGGCGGCCAGCCACCACCCUGGAGCGUACUUCCCCUUUGGCCUGGGGCCCCGCAGAUGCGUGGGCUGGCGGUUUGCGCUGGAGGAGGGCGUGCUGUGCCUGGCCCGCAUCUUCCAGCGCUUUGAGCUGCGCCUCGACGCCGAGCGCCACACCGGGCCGCUCGACCUGCGCAGCAGCGUGACGCUGGCGCCGCCCAAAGGCAUCUGGCUGAAGGUACACGGCCGGGAAGUGUAG